AGUAAAAUAAUUUUCUUCCAUUUAGAUAGUAUGAAUUUAACAACUUAUAUUAGACAAAAUGUUCAUAUAAGAAAAUAUAUAAAUAUAGAAAUAAUUGUGUAAUAUAUUGAUUAGAAUAAAUUUGUAAAUAAUUAUACAGAUACCAUAAAAUGCCUCAUAAUUCAUUAGACACAGACUAUUUAGUAAAGCAAUUUCUUUGGUGUACUCCAAUGAACAUAAUGGAUUCAAUUAUCUCUGCACAAAAUAUUGGCUGCCUUGCUAAUUUUAACAGACAAAAGGAAAUUUUGGAAAAGACAGUAAAUAAUGAACUAAUUAAAAUGUAUCCUGUGAAACGAUCUUAUCAACAAAUGUUUUUGAAAUUGCUUAUGAGAAAGAUUGAGGAAACAGGUGGUGAAAUUCACGAUGAGAUGUAUGCUGCAUAUUGCAAUUUAAUAUCUUCACCAUUAAAUGAAUGUAUUCAUUAUCGACACUUUUUGAUAGAUGACAAAAGUUUGGAUUAUAUAAGUAUACAAGAACAUGCAAAUAUUAUAUCGGAAGGUACAACAGGAUUAUGCUGUUGGCAGGGAUCGGUUGACCUAAGCAAAUGGUGCAUAGAAAACAAAAAUGAAUUUUCUGGGAAAGUUAUCUUGGAACUUGGUUGUGGAGUCGGCUUCACAGGAUUGUCUAUUAUUAAGAAAUGUUCUCCAAAACAAUAUGCUUUCACAGACUGUCACGAAACUGUCUUAAAAAUGGUCUCAGAAAAUAUCAAACUUAAUUUAUUACACGAUAAAAACAUAGUACAAAUUAAACCAGAAUUAAAAGCUGGUAGAAUAAAGUUCCAAAUGAAAUAUAAUGAUACAGAUGUUGAAGUAAUGGAAUUAAACUGGGCAGAUAUUAAGGAAUAUUUAACAGAACAUUGGAUUCUACCGGAUAUAAUAAUUGGUGCUGACAUUCUAUACGAACCAAGUUCAUUUCAUAUAUUAGCAUCUGGAUUGAAGACUUUAGUAUCAUUUCAUAAUAGAUAUGCUAUUAUUGCAGCAACAAUUCGUAAUAUGGAUACUUUUUCACAGUUUCUACAUCAACUAGAACUACAUGAUCUCUCUUGGGAAGAAUGUAGUACACCAGAGGGAACAAUCCAUACACAGAUAAUAAAUUCGCCCAUUAAAAUAUUAAAAAUUUUUCAAAAAAGAUGAAUGUAAUGCAGGC